AAAUAUCUGGCAGAGAAACAGGGAUGCCUGCUGAAGUUUUUUGGUGACUUGGAAGAUCAUACUUGUCGAGAAGACCUCCAUGCUGUUUUUUCAAAUCAUGGUGAAAUCAAGUGGAUAGACUUUGUCAGGGGUGCAAAAGAGGGUAUCAUCUUGUUCAAGAGCAGUGCCAAAGGUGCACUGGAUAAAGCCCAAGAAGCAAAUAAUGGGAAAUUACAGUUGCGAGAGAAAGAUGUCACAUGGGAAGUGCUUGAAGGAGAUCUGGCCAAAGAAGCACUGAGGAAAAUCAUGGAGAGCCAGCAGGAGCUGUUAAACAGAAAAAGAGGAAAAG